UCCGAUCAAGGAUCCAAUUGUUCAUCAUGGGUGUCCCAACCUCAACUCUCAUUCUGUCUCUGUUUCUCGUAGCAUCUUAUUUCCUGUACUACUCAUGUCCAUGCGAAGCCGCCGCUACUGGCACCGCCGGCGUCCCCGUGGGGACUAUCGAGAGGACGACGAAGCAGCAGAUCCUCGUCAGCAUCCUGCCGGGCGCGACGGGCGGAUCCGUCCCCUUCCUGACCUCCCCCUCGGGGAAAUACGUGGCGUACUUGCUCCGUCGCCCAACGGCGGAGGGCGCGGGCGGGUUCGGCAGCGACUUCUGCUACGUGGAAGUCGAGGACGCGAGCAGCGGAAGCAGCAUGUGGGAGUCGGAGUGCACGCCGGUGAGCACGGUGAACUCGUGCGCGCUGCUGUUCACGUGGAACGGGCUGGAGGUGUUCGACGGGAGCACGUCGGUGUGGGACACGGGGGCGCAGUCGGCCAACAACAACUUCCUGGAGACGCUGGAGCUGGUCGACGAGGGGGACAUGCGGAUACGCGACAAGGACGGAGAGCUGGCCUGGAAGGCCAGCGACGACCCGCGGGCAAACCAGAACUGCGGGCUGCCCGGGUCCCCCGGGGUGGCGCCGGCGCUGCCGCCGUUCGCAGAGCCGAUCGGGAAGGACAACAACCUGCCUUUCGGGCAGGCCGGGCAGGGCGGCGGGCAGGGAGCAGGCGGGCAGCUGCCGGAGGUGCAUGGGGUCAGCCAGACGGUUGGGUUCGGCAGCCAGCCGUUGGUGGAUAACAGUCCGUACGAUAGCGGUUGCUUGGCGGGGAUUGAGCAUUGGGUUGGGUCGGGUUUGGGUUUGGGUCUAAUUAUGGUUCUGGUUCAAUUUGGGUUCGGGUUUUAGUUAAUCAAUUGGAGGUGUGGUCUUAGUUGAUUUGGGUUUGUAGAUGAUGGUAAUUGAAAGGCAGUAACGUAAAGUGAUGUGGUUGUGGGAUUCGUAGAGUGAGGGAUUUAAUUAAGUAAUCAAUUGUGUGGUAAUUGUGCCUUCAAUUAUUG